GCGAGCGGAAGAGGAAGGCGCGGGCCGGGCUGUGAGGUGGCAGCGGCUGCAGCGGCGGAGCUGGCGCCUCGGCCGGGCACUGGGGACUGGAAUUGGUCUUUGAUCGCUGAGAGGGAGAGCAGCGGCGCUCGCCCUGGCAGCGGUCACGUCCGAAGCCAGCCAAGCCUCCGUUUGCUUUCACAGGACCCCGGUGUCGUCUUUAGCUGCUUCUCGUCCUCCCACUUUGGUUUGGCUUGGGUACCUGGGGCCCCGGUAAAACCAGACGCUGCAUUGCUCUUACACAGCCAGAGUUACUGUCAUUUGCUUCCUGUCUCCUCUCAGAAGAAGGUGGACGGCACCAGCCUCUCAGCAGCUGGGAUUCAGAGAAGAAUUGCCCUGCAGCAUGGUUCCAUCAGCCAUUGUCCUCCUCUGAGAGGCUCUCAGUGCUGCGUCACCGUCUGUGUCCACCUCAUGUGGGUGGGCAGAACUGUGCACCAUGGCAGAGGCUCCUGACCACUCUCGACUGGGAGGAGGGGUUACUCUAGUAGCUGUGUGUUUCCUUAACACUCAGCAGUAGAGUAGAAAGGCCCUUAACCCAUCCCCCGUGCUGGCCUUCAAUAGCUAGUCGGCAGCCCCUUCAGUGAAUUGAGUGAGAAACGUGCCCUCUGCCAGGUGCUCUUUGAAAAAGGCCUACUGACGAAGGCUCUUGUCGUUGAGGCUGUUAUUUUGAUGGGAGUAUGUGCUUUUCCCCAAAGGUGUGUGUAGUCCUUCAUUUUGGGUUAGAUUUGGCAGGAUUAAGUUUUGUUCCCUCCUCUUUCUGGAAGACAGACCAUAAUCCCAUUAAUGGGUGAAAUUGACUCUAAUAUGUGUUGCCAUUUAGACUGAGGGUUGAAUCUGGCACCUCGAGGACUGAAGCCCAGCCAUACGCUUCCUGGGGAUGCUGGGCCUGGAAGCAAACACACCUUGCUCUUUCAUUGACUUCACUGACCCUAGGUUUCCUGGUUAAAACCGUAGGCCUGCUGUUGGCCUAAAGCCCAUUAAUCUAUUGAUUGAUCCUUGAGGCCGUGCCCUCUGGGGCAUACAUAUGGCAGGGCCUACCACCAUGCGACUGAGCUCCCUGUUGGCUCUGCUGCGACCAGCACUGCCCCUCAUCCUAGGGCUGUCUCUGGGAUGCAGCCUGAGCCUCUUGCGGGUCUCCUGGAUCCAGGGUGAGGGAGAAGAUCCAUGUGUAGAAGCUGUGGGGGAACCAGGAGUGCCACAUAAUCCAGACUCAAGAACUGGACUGGACCAAAGUGAUGAAGACUUCAAACCCCGGAUUGUCCCUUACUACAGGGAUCCCAACAAGCCCUAUAAGAAGGUGCUCAGGACUCGGUAUAUCCAGACAGAGCUGGGCUCUCGGGAGCGGUUGCUGGUGGCUGUCCUGACCUCCAGGGCUACCCUGCCCACUCUGGCUGUGGCUGUCAACCGCACGGUGGCCCACCACUUCCCUCGAUUACUGUACUUCACUGGGCAGCGAGGGGCGCGGACUCCUGCAGGAAUGCAGGUGGUAUCUCACGGGGAUGAACGGCCAGCCUGGCUCAUGUCAGAGACCCUGCGCCAUCUCCACACACACUUUGGGGGCGACUACGACUGGUUCUUCAUCAUGCAGGAUGACACGUAUGUACAGGCCCCCCGCCUGGCAGCCCUUGCUGGCCACCUCAGCAUCAACCAAGACCUGUACUUGGGCCGAGCCGAGGAGUUUAUUGGCGCAGGCGAGCAGGCCCGGUACUGCCACGGGGGCUUUGGCUACCUGUUGUCACGGAGUCUCCUGCUUCGACUGCGGCCCCAUCUGGACGGCUGCCGAGGAGACAUUCUCAGUGCCCGUCCUGAUGAGUGGCUUGGCCGCUGCCUCAUCGACUCUCUGGGCAUCGGCUGUGUCUCACAGCACCAGGGGCAGCAGUAUCGUUCAUUUGAACUGGCCAAAAAUAGGGACCCGGAGAAGGAGGGGAGCUCGGCUUUCCUGAGUGCCUUCGCAGUGCAUCCCGUCUCCGAGGGAACCCUCAUGUACAGGCUCCAUAAGCGCUUCAGUGCUCUGGAGCUGGAGCGGGCGUACAGCGAGAUAGAACAACUGCAGGCUCAGAUCCAGAACCUGACCGUGCUGACCCCCGAGGGCGAGGCAGGGCUGAGCUGGCCCAUCGGGCUCCCGGCCCCUUUCACGCCACACUCUCGAUUUGAGGUGCUGGGCUGGGACUACUUCACAGAGCAGCAUACCUUCUCCUGUGCAGACGGGUCCCCCAAGUGCCCACUGCAGGGGGCCAGCAGGGCCGAUGUGGGUGACGCAGUGGAGACUGCUUUGGAGCAGCUAAAUCGGCGCUACCAGCCCCGCCUGCGCUUUCAGAAGCAGCGGCUGCUCAACGGCUAUCGGCGCUUCGACCCGGCGCGGGGCAUGGAGUACACCCUGGACCUCCUGCUGGAAGCCGUGACGCAGCGCGGGCACCGGCGGGCCCUGGCACGAAGGGUCAGCCUGCUGCGGCCGCUGAGCCGGGUGGAGAUCCUGCCCAUGCCCUAUGUCACAGAGGCCACCCGUGUGCAGCUCGUGCUGCCGCUCCUGGCGGCCGAAGCUGCCGCAGCCCUGGCUUUCCUGGAGGCCUUUGCGGCCGGUGUCCUGGAGCCACGAGAGCACGCGCUGCUCACCCUGCUGCUGGUCUACGGACCCCGGGAAGGUGGCCGAGGGGCCCCAGAGCCAUUCCUUGGGGUGAAGGCGGCAGCGGCCGAGUUAGAGCAACGGUACCCGGGGACCAGGCUGGCCUGGCUCGCGGUGCGCGCAGAGGCCCCUUCGCAGGUGCGGCUCAUGGACGUGGUCUCUAAGAAGCACCCCGUGGACACACUCUUCUUCCUCACCACCGUGUGGACCAGGCCCGGGCCCGAAGUCCUCAACCGCUGCCGAAUGAACGCCAUCUCUGGCUGGCAGGCCUUCUUCCCAGUGCAUUUCCAGGAGUUCAACCCUGCCCUGGCACCACAGAGAUCUCCCCCAGGGCCCCCGGGAGCCGGCCCUGACCCCCCGUCCCCUCCCGGGGCCGACGCUGCCCGGGGGGCUCCCGUAGGAGGCAGGUUUGACCGACAGGCUUCCGCGGAGGGCUGCUUCUACAACGCCGACUACCUGGCGGCCCGAGCCCGGCUGGCUGGUGAACUGGCAGGCCAGGAAGAGGAGGAAGCCCUGGAGGGGCUGGAGGUGAUGGAUGUUUUCCUCCGGUUCUCAGGGCUCCACCUCUUCCGGGCCGUGGAGCCAGGGCUGGUGCAGAAGUUCUCCCUGCGGGACUGUAGCCCACGGCUCAGCGAGGAGCUCUACCACCGCUGCCGCCUCAGCAACCUGGAGGGGCUGGGGGGCCGGGCCCAGCUCGCAGUGGCGCUGUUUGAGCCGGAGCAGGCCAACAGCACCUAGCAUGGCCCGGGGCCCUGCCCCUCCGUGCAGUUCCCCUUUCGGCCGCAAGCCCCGGGAAGGGCAAGGCAAAACGGAUGGACAGAUGGAGAGCUUGUGGCUGUAUUUUUUUAAUA